UUUUAUGAAUAAAUUCCUCUAAUUUCACCAUUGCAAAUACCCUUUUCAUAACCGGCAAAAUACUGGUCAUCCUCCCCACCCGCCAAAAACGCCAGCAUUCUCUCUCCUCUCCUCUCUCUCUUUCUGCAAUCAGGCCGACUUAUCAACCCUCCCCUCUUCCGAAUUUUCCAUAGCUCCAUCUCCGAAGCCACAUCUUCCAAUGCUCACCCCAUCAGAUUAAGGAGGUGGAGAAGGAGGUAGAGAAUCCAUAAAAAUGCCGAAACGGGUGAAGGAUGAGGAGAGAAUCGAAAUGAUCAUUCGUGGGCUUUUGAAGCUUCAGGAGAAUCGGAGAUGCAUUAAUUGUAACAGUCUGGGACCGCAGUAUGUUUGCACAACUUUCUGGACAUUUGUUUGCACAAAGUGCAGUGGAGUACAUCGAGAGUUCAUGCACCGAGUAAAAUCAGUGUCUAUGGCAAAAUUUAAUGCAGAAGAACUGAAUGCUCUUCAAGCUGGGGGAAAUGAGCGGGCAAGGCAAAUUUAUUUCAAAGCCUGGGAUCCACAGAACCAUUCUUGUCCGGAUGGCAGUAAUCUUCACAGACUUCGCGAUUUUAUUAAGCAUGUCUAUGUGGAUAGAAAAUAUACCAGUGAUAGGAGUGUUGACAAGCUUGCAAUGGUGAAAGUGGGUGCCAAUGAGGACUUGUAUGAGCAGCGUUCUAUUGAAAGGUACAGUCCUGGUGGAAGGAAUGACAGGAGUUUGAUAAAUUAUAUUGAUGAAAGAAGAAGUCCUCAAUACAAACUAGAAAAUGUAAGAUCUGGGAGACACAAGAGUCGUCCUGUUCAUUUUGAGAUAGUCGAUGACAGGUUUCGAGAUGAUAAUUCUAGAAGGCGCAGGAAAGCUGAAAGCUGCGGGUUUUCUGAUGCUGAAUCCAGGGUAGGUAGCAGGUCACCAGAUUCUCAAAAGAGCAGGGAGAUCAGUCCCCCAGUGGUCCGCUCCAUCAGAGAAAUUUUGGGUGACAAUGUUCCACCUCUAAAAAUAGGUGAACGUCCAGCAGCAAAUGAUGAGAGAGAUGGUGAUGGUUCUAGUCAUUUUCAGAAGACAUCAUCUCCCAGCACCCCAGGUUCUGUUGAUGGAAAAGUAGAGGAAAACAGAGGAGUGAAUUUGGAUAGCUUAAUUGAUUUCAGCAUUGAUAUUGAGUCUUCUGACACCACAGCAGUGCCACAAACUCUGCAAACGGCUCCAUCCAUUGAUGGUGGCAACUUGGCCCUUGUUCUGUCUUCCACAAGUGAGAAGGCUUCUGAUGCUUCAAAUGUAAAUUCCAUAGAAUAUUUAUUAUUUGAAUUGUCAGCUCCUGCAGUUGAACCUGUAGGUGUGUCUGAAGCACCCAGCAGUGGUCAUGAUCCAUCAUCCGCAGCUGUAGCAUCAUCCCAUAGUGUCAGUGCUACUUCAACCGCAUCAACAACCAACGUACCAUCGGUCCCCAGUAAUGGGGGAGCUCCAGCAGUUUCAUCUUUAAUAACGACACCAGCAUUGCCUAAUAUUAGUGGUGAUUUCAUGGUCAAAAUUACUAAUGGACAGCAGCUGCCAACCAUGCAGCAAUAUCGGACUUCUGGGCAUAGUAGCUCCACUGCUCAACAGAAUACUCCAUCAGAAGCUUUGUAUAAGCAGCCAUGGAAUUUAUCACUUGCACCAAAUUCUGAAGGACCUUCUGGUGCUUCUGCUGAACAAUCAUCUCAAGCUGCCUCUACACUGGCCCAAGACCCCAGUUCUGGAACUGGGCUGCAAGAAAUUCAGGUGGCAGAAGCAAUACACAGUGGAAGAAAGGAACUCCCAGUGGACCUUUUCGGUGCAAGUUAUUCAUCAUUCCCUGCACCAGUUCCAAGUUGGCAAAUGCAUCCACCUCAUGGAAUGGGAUUUGGCAUGCAGUACCAUCCUACUGUAUUGCCCGUGCCAACUGUUCCCAACUCAGCAAAGACAAAAAACCCAUUUGAUCUUGACGACGACACAACCCAAGUUCAAGCCCCAACGUUUCCUUCAAUGGCAUCUUUGCAAGGAGCACUCCCGAUGGUAUCAGCUCCUAAAGGGUUACUGCAUAGUUCCAGCUUCGGUGUCCAUCCCCCCCAGUUUAUGCAGCCUCAAUCAUCACCUUUUGCAUUUGCAGUGCCUUCACAAUCACCUUCUUAUGGAAUGGCCAUGCCUCCAAGAACAUUCAUUGGGCAACAAUUACCGAAUAGCACACCACCUUUCAGACCGCAAGGAAUUGGUAACUUUGGUAGUAGUGAAGCUGCUUUUGCCUUCUUAAACACAAUGCAACAGCCCAGUGGCAGAUAUCCAGCACCCGCUACUCCAAAUUCCUUUUCACCAAGAGGUGGAAACCCAUUUGAAUAGUUAUAUGGAUACACCUUUAUAUUUUCUUGUCAACAUAAUCUCUCUGUUUCAACCCCCAAAAAAACUGUUGAGAGGGCUGGUUGUUUAUCUUCUUGAAGGUCAAUUGUAACAUGCCGUGUGAAUAAAGAGCUUCAUCUUCAACUUCUCUGGUCAAUGGAAAGGAUUCGAGUAUAGAUAUAAUUUGAAGGAGUACAUGAGCACAUAUAUUAGUAACCAAUGUAAAUUUCGAGAUCAUGCCAUUCCUGUAUGUGUUGUUAUUCUUGCAGUUAGAUCAACAUGUAUGCUUCUUUUCCAUUCUUUCUUUUAUGUGUAUAAUUCUGUUGUCUUGUUCCUCAGCAAGGUUCUGUAAUUUGCAUUAGGCUACUGUCGCUAUUGCUUCCACAACCAUAGCUAUGGGACUUCUUGUCAAAGAUUGUGUGUGUGCGUGCGUGUGUGCUAUUAUCAUUACUUGCCAGAAGAGAUGAAGACAUGAGAAACAAUGAAGAACCUACUAGGGGAUGUUGAAAAUGAUAAUAUAUAUUCAGAAUGAAAUGUGUAUAUUUAGUUGAUUUUUAUUUUUAUCAUUACUUGCCAGAAGAGAUGAAGACAUGAGAAACAAUGAAGAGAAAUGUAAUAAUACACAAAGGAACCUAGUAGGGGGUGUUGAAAAUGAUUUCAGAAUGAAAUGUGUGUUUUUAGUUGAUUUUGAUU